GGGAGGGAGGGGGGUUUGAACAGCGAGAGAGCUAGAAAGACGGAGAAAGACAGGCGAGAGGAGACAUCGACUCCACACCAGAGCUUCUGACGGAUAUAUUUAGAUUAAAAUCAAAGUAACAAGAGUCAAGAUACAGCCCUAUGUAGCAGCAGUGGCAGCACGGAGAGAGACAGGGAAUCCCAGGUGGGGUUCUGAAUCCCCAGAGCAGAGUGAUGGAGCCGUCCCAGCCACAUAGCCUCGGAGUUGGGCUAUGGUCGUCAGGAGCUCAUGUGAUGGUGACACACAAGAUGUAAAACAUGUAUUCAUCACAAAGCGGCCUGUCACAUUAGAGGACCUGUUAAGGCAAAGAUGACACAACUUAUGUAAUUGUAUCUGUAUGAAAAAAAAAACAAGGACAAAACACGCCACCAACCAAGGAGACCGAACAUUUCGACUGAAAAAUGCAGAAGUGACAUCCUUUGUGGGAGGAAGCUGCAACAGUUAAAGAGACAGCAUUCAAGAGCCAUUGGAAUCAGCCUAUCAUCCUCUUUGGAAUACAGGAAGGGUCAUGACCCAGUUGCCAUGCGCAUCACCACGGUGACCAGCCUUCCUAGUCCCUCCCCCCUCCUCCUCUUAUUGGUUCAUCUGCUGUUGCGGCUCAUCCUCCCAGGCCAAGACGCAGUCGGAGCCGCCUCCACCUGUCCCACGCCGUGCAGUUGUUCUAAUCAAGCCAGUCGAGUGAUCUGUACAAGACGAAACUUAGAAGAGGUGCCAGACAGUAUAUCCAACAACACACGAUACCUCAACUUACAGGAGAACUCGAUACAGGUGAUAAAAUCAGACACAUUCAAACAUUUGCGGCACCUGGAGAUCCUCCAGCUCUCCAAGAACCAGAUUCGUCAGAUAGAGGUGGGUGCUUUCAAUGGCCUCCCAAACCUCAACACUUUGGAACUGUUCGACAACCGCCUCACACUGGUGCCAUCGCAAGCCUUUGAGUACCUCAGCAAGCUGCGAGAACUGUGGUUACGAAACAAUCCAAUCGAGACCUUACCAGGCUAUGCCUUUCACCGCGUCCCCUCGCUGCGACGUCUUGACCUAGGCGAACUCAAAAAGCUGGAUUAUAUAUCUGACGCAGCCUUUGUUGGACUCAUCAACUUGCGCUACCUGAACUUGGGUAUGUGUGGCCUGAAGGACAUCCCUAACUUGACUCCCCUGGUGCGACUGGAGGAGCUAGAGUUGUCUGGGAACCGUCUAGAAAUCAUCAGACCUGGAUCCUUCCAAGGCCUGGAAUCUUUACGCAAACUAUGGCUCAUGCAUUCUCAGAUGUCGGUCAUCGAGCGCAAUGCUUUCGAUGAUCUCAAGAACCUAGAGGAGCUCAACCUAUCCCACAAUUCCCUACACUCUUUGCCCCAUGACCUUUUCACACCCUUGCAGAAGCUGGAGCGAGUACAUCUCAAUCACAACCCUUGGGUGUGCAACUGUGAUGUGCUGUGGUUAAGCUGGUGGCUGAAAGAAACCGUGCCGAGCAACACGACCUGCUGUGCACGGUGCCAUGCACCACCCUACCUAAAGGGAAAGUACAUUGGAGAGUUGGACCAGAGCCAUUUCACCUGCUAUGCCCCCGUGAUUGUGGAGCCGCCCACUGACCUCAAUGUGACAGAGGGCAUGGCUGCUGAGCUCAAGUGUCGCACCGGUACCUCCAUGACUUCUGUGAACUGGAUCACACCGAAUGGCACCCUAAUGACCCAUGGCUCCUACCGGGUCAGGAUUUCCGUGCUGCAUGAUGGCACACUGAAUUUCACCAAUGUAACUCUGCGUGACACUGGCCAAUACACCUGCAUGGUGACCAACUCAGCUGGGAACACUACGGCAACUGCUGUCCUGAAUGUGACCGCAGCAGACGUUAGCGUCAACUACACCUACUUCACCACGGUCACUGUAGAAACUGUGGAGAAUACGGGGGAUGAAGAAUCUGCAUUGCGUGCCAUCAACGAGACCAUUAUCCACAUUCCUGGGUCGACACCUUCUGGGCACCUCUGGGAUAAAGUUGUGCCCACUACUGCCUCUUCUCUCUCAAUCCUUGGCUCAUCGUCUUCUCCCACAGCAACCAAACCCACUUUCACAAUCCCCAUUUCUGAGCCCAACUACCCCUCUGGACUAGAUGAUGUCAUGAAGACCACCAAAAUCAUCAUUGGUUGCUUUGUGGCAAUUACCUUCAUGGCCGCUGUCAUGCUGGUGGUGUUCUACAAGCUGCGGAAGCAGCACCAGUUGCACAAACACCACGGGCCGGCACGAGCCAUCGAGAUCAUUAACGUCGAAGAUGAAAUCGGAGCGGGAACGGGCAUCCGUGGCAGCGGCAUCUCAGGAGGAUCCACAGUACCGCAAGGAGGGUCCGGCGGACAGAGCUUGCGACUGCACCACCCUGAAAUCGUCAACCUCCCAAACCUUGCACGAGCAGAGCAUCUCAACCAUUACUACAAGGCCCAUCACUUCAACAAUAACAUGAUGGGUCUGGGCCUUGGUGGAGGCUCGGGCGGAGGCCUAAACAAUAACAACAACCCUUCGCCCUGCUCCCAGGCCCAGAAUAUCCCCAUCUCUUGCACGCAGGUGCCAGUCUCUGCAGGUAGUACAUCAUGUUCCAUGCCUUCUUCAAUGCCUCUGCCGACCCUUGGCAUCCACGGGUCACUGAAAGGCCUGAUGAGUAAAGGGCAGAACCCACAGAUUGAGCCGUUACUAUUCAAGAGCGGCUCCAAGGAGAAUGUCCAAGAAACCCAGAUCUGAAGUUGAGAAAGAGAGGAAGAGAGAAAGGGAGAAAGGUAAAUGUACAGAUAAGAAAUGGAGAAAGACUAUCAGGGAGACAGAAACAGAUGAAAGGUAUUGGCUGUUCAACCCCUAUGGGUAUGUUCUCAGGAGUAAUGAGAAAGGCAGACCCAGCAUUGUAUGAAAUAUAGCCUACACAAGAAUACAAGAUACAGCUGUGAAAUCACUACAAAGUAAAUAUGCUGGCAAAGAGUGGGGUAAUUUCUAGAAGGAAGAAGGCAACCACACCGCAGUUUAAAAUCACAGUCUUUGCCAUACUAUGAUCUGCACGUAUCAAGGGGAUCAUCAGACAUCAGCAAACAAAACCACACUUGCCAAUACAAUAUAAAUCCAGUUUUUGUAUAAUGCAAGAUUGAUAAUUAUGUGCCAAACUUGCACCAAUCUGUGCCAAAGCAAAAUCUUUGCACAUCAACAUGUGUACAGACACAUUUCAGAAGAUGAAAAGAUCUGUGCGUAAACUGUACACCAUCAUAUACAGAUCUCCAUCAAUAAAGCAGGAUGCUACAAAAAUCAAAACCAUACGCACCAUUAGGUAGGAAAUGUAUAUAGAAAUACAUAAACAACCGUAAGUAUUUAUGGACACUGGCUGAGAACGAAAGAUCAUGUGUGUAAAUGGUUUAGAGAACCUUAAAGCUCAGAUGACAAAAAUGGAUCAUUCAAAUUUUGUAGAGGUUCGUGGUCAAAUGAAGGAAAGAUGGAUUAGUAGACCAGCACUGUGUUGAGGGCCUGUUUCUUGAUGAUGAUGGACUCAGUUUCUCCCCUUUCUCAAUGGCUGUCACAUUUAAGGGGAAGAGAUGAAAACAAACAAGAACCUAAAGCGCAAAAAGACAAUGAAAGAUAUACAAAUUUUAAGAGAAUAUAUAAACUAUGAAAGUAUACAUGAUAUAUAAAUAUAUUUUCAUUCAGAGAAAUAAAUUAUGAAGAAUCUUUACAUUUUUCUGACUGAAGCCACGGCUUUUGAAGAAUUAGCAGCUGCUGUUGUAGCGCUUUGUCACUGAUAAUUCCUUUCUCUGCAUAAAAACAAAAAUGCGUCUUAAACUGGUACACCCUUG